AUGUCGCCAUCCAAACCUCUUGUGUUCGUCACAGGCAACGCCAACAAGUUGAAAGAGGUCAAGGAAAUUUUGUCGCAAGGUGGCAAUCCUAUAGAGAUUGAAUCGCAGAACCUCGAUAUACCAGAAAUACAAGGGACUACAGUCGAAGUUGCCCGGGCGAAGUGUCAACGCGCCGCUGAGCUCGUCGGUGGCCCUUGUAUAACAGAAGACACCGCCCUGAGCUACGUGGCUCUCAAGGGCCUGCCAGGACCAUACAUCAAGCACUUCAUGGCUGAGAUCGGACACGAAGGCCUGAACAACCUCCUUGUAGGCUUCCCGACGAAAGCGGCAGAGGCGGUGUGCACGUUCGCAUACUCUGCUGGGCCAGGAACGGAACCCAUUAUAUUUGAGGGAAGGACGGAAGGCACGAUCGUGCCUGCUCGGGGGCCGAAGGUGUUUGGAUGGGAUGCGGUUUUCGAACCGCUUGGGUUUAACCAAACGUACGCCGAGAUGCCCUCCGAUGUGAAGCACAAAAUCUCUCAUAGGGGCAAAGCACUGGAGAAGCUUCGCGCUUAUCUCCAGUCCCUACCUGAAUAA